AGAUACCGACUCUGAGAUGACUGACUGGGUUGGACUUGCUGCAAAACGGCUGCCCUCCCCUCCCCAACGGCCACGCUAGACCGCCCGCUCCUGCCAAGAUCCAACACAACUUUCCGCCCCGUCGCCCGGUCGUCGAGCCGUCGCCGCCGAACACCGCCCCCUUCCGCCGAAGCGCGGCAGCUCGAAGGUUCGUGUUCUAAUACGCUUAUUCCCUUGAGGCAGCAUGCCUAAGAUAAAGACGAGCCGUGUGAAGUAUCCUGAAGGAUGGGAGCUUAUUGAACCAACUCUCCGUGAUUUGGAAGCCAAAAUGAGAGAAGCCGAGAACGACACACAUGAUGGGAAGAGGAAGUGUGAGGCUCUCUGGCCAAUCUUCCGUAUUUCUCACCAAAAGAGCCGUUAUAUAUAUGAUCUCUACUAUCGAAGGAAGGAGAUAAAAAGGGAGCUGUAUGAGUUUUGCUUGGACCAAGGUUAUGCAGACAAAAAUCUGAUUGCUAAAUGGAAAAAGCCAGGUUAUGAGCGCCUCUGCUGCCUCCGCUGCAUACAGACACGAGACCACAACUUUGCAACCACCUGCGUCUGCAGGGUCCCCAAGCACCUCAGGGAAGAGACGGUGAUAGAAUGCGUCCACUGCGGAUGCAAGGGCUGUGCCAGCGGCGAUUGAAGUCACCACUCGUUGUUAAGAAUAAUAAUCUGAAACUGAUUGCUCGAGAUGCUCUGUCCGAUCCCUGAUAAAUGAAAACAAGUAACGUACAAUCAGGUGAUUCAUCCAUAUAUUCACUGUAAACUCUCGAGCGGUGGUAUGUAUUUGCGUGAGAAGACUCGGUUUUCCGCCGUGGAAGUUGACUACUGUUUCGCUAAGUGUUAUGUUAACCCGAUCUUCCAUGAUGGAUUACAGUACAGUAGUAUUGUUGUGCCUUAA